GGAGCUUGAGGUGCUGCUGAAGGUGUGAGGAGCAGAUCUUACCAUGGAACGAUGGGUCUAUUUAUUCACUUUGUCUGCCCUCUGCGAUUUAUACAUGGCACAGAGUGUAACCAGUACAACAUUACAGUCAGCAAACAGUAGCACAACUCAGCCUCUGUGCGUAUGUUCUACUGCCUUAUCCACAACAAUUGCAACAGCUUUCUCUAGCACAACUCAACCUAUAAGCACUGCUAGUACCACACCAACAACUACAGCUGCAACAUCUACUAUAACUACUGCUGCUUUGACUACUUCUACUACUACAGCUUCACCCACAAGCACCACAGCUACAGUUUCCACAUCUAUUGCACCCUCAUCUACAACAACUACCACUGCUUUAAAUACUACAUCUCAACCAACUAGCACCACUACAACAGUUGCAGCUAUGACUGCAACAUCUUCUGCAGCUUCAUCCACAACAACUGCUACUACAACGCAGCCUACAAACACCACUACUAUUGUACCCACAACUGCAAGCACACCAGCAUCUACUGCUUCAUCAUCCACCACAAGUGUGGCAGCUAUAACAACUACAACUCAACCUACAAGCACCACUACUACCACACCCAUGUCUUCAAAUAAUUCAACAGCUACUAUUACAUCAUCAACGACAAGUAAUGCAACUACAACUCCGACAAGCACCACUACUACCACCCCCACAUCUUCAAAUACUUCAACAGCUACUGUUAUGUCAUCCACAACAAGUAAUGCAACUACAACUCAACCUACAAGCACCACUACUACCACUCCCACAUCUUCAAAUAAUUCAACAGCUACUAUUACAUCAUCAACAACAAGUAAUUCAACUACAACUCAAUCUGCAAGCACCACUACCACCUCACCCACAUCUUCAAAUACUUCAACAGCUAAUAUUACGUCAUCCACAACAAGUAAUGCAACUACAACUCAACCUACAAACACCACUACUACCACCCCCACUUCUUCAAAUACUUCAACAGCUAAUAUUACGUCAUCCACAACAAGUAAUGCAACUACAACUCAACCUACAAGCACCACUACUACCACCCCCACAUCUUCAAAUACUUCAACAGCUAAUAUUACGUCAUCCACAACAAGUAAUGCAACUACAACUCAACCUACAAGCACCACUACUACCACCCCCACAUCUUCAAAUACUUCAACGGCUAAUAUUACGUCAUCCACAACAAUUAAUGCAACUACAACUCAACCUACAAGCACCACUACUACCACCCCCACAUCUUCAAACACUUCAACAGCUACUAAUACGUCAUCCACAACAAGUAAUGCAACUACAACUCAACCUACAAGCACCACUACUACCACUCCCACAUCUUCAAAUAAUUCAACAGCUACUAUUACAUCAUCCACAACAAGUAAUGCAACUACAACUCCUACAAGCACCACUACUACCACCCCCACAUCUUCAAAUACUUCAACAGCUACUAAUACGUCAUCCACAACAAGUAAUGCAAUUACAACUCAACCUACAAGCACCACUACCAUACCCACAACUACUACAUCUAUUGCAACGUCCACUUCCUUAUCCACAACUUCUUCAGCACAGAAUUCUACAACUCAGACUACAAGCACUAACUCUACAGUCCCCACAUCUACAACAGCAUCUACUGUAGCCUCAACACCGACCACAGCAUCAACUGCAAAUACAACCAGUCUUACAUCCACUAAUACCAGUACCACAACACCAACAACUACUAGCAGUGCUACAACCACCACCACCACCACACCAACAACCACAGCAACAACAACCACAACAACCAUUUCAGCCUGUGCACAAUCGACUGUGUCCAUUCAGCUGAUCCAGGUGUCUAGUGAUCAAAUCCAGCUCAUGCCUAUUGGUCAAAAUGGACCAACUGGAGCUCAGUUCAAUGUGACACUGUCAAAGAACAACACAGUCGUAGACAUAAAAACAACGUCUGGUUCAACGGUCACAUUUUCUGGUCUAUUUCCUGCAAGUCAGUAUGACAUUGCUGUAAAGCAACUAUCUUGUCCGAACAGACCCGAUACUACCAGCAGUGUUACCACAGAUGGAAAAUUAUUUUCUGCAGAAAUCCGGAUAACAAGUACUGUAUAUACCUCUGAUCUGGGCAAUAAAAGCAGCGCGGCAUACAAAGAGUUUGAAGCCAACUUCACAGCAGAUAUAAAGAAUAAUGUGCCAUCGGACACCAAGGCCCUGUUUAACUCUGGGAGAAUGAUCAUUUUCAUAACCGGUAUCAGGAAUGGAAGUAUCAUCGCCGACUUUUCCAUAGCCACAAAUACGGCUGAUAACAUGACUCUGACCAACGUGACUCAGUCAUUCACCAGCGCACUCAACAGCAGCUCCACAUAUAAAGUUGACCCAAACUCUUACAGGUUUGCAGUGCAAAAUGCGUGUGAUCCUUCAGUAAAUCCGUGUUCUGCUUAUGCCAACUGUACGUCCCUAAAUGGAGCAGCCACCUGCCAGUGUAGGUCUGGGUUUAAUGACACCAAUCCAAGUGUUCCUGGAAGAACCUGCGUAGAUAUAAAUGAGUGUGCCGCCAGUCCCGGCCCUUGCCCAACUCUAGCCUCCUGUAACAACACCAUCGGAAGUUAUCAGUGCCAGUGUUUGCCUGGGAUACAAGAUGGAAACUCGUCUAACCCUGGCCAACAAUGUAUCGACCCAACCUCAUGCUUUAACAGCACCACAUUCUGCACCAGCAAUAGCACCUGCCUCGACAACAAAAACACCAUAUGUGCAAAUAAAAAAGCUGUUGCUUCGGCGAUCAAGUUCAAUGACUGGACCUUUACUCCAGACCUGUACGACCGAAGCAGCGCCGCCUACAUCAGCAAAGCAGCACAGUUCACAGGGAAUGUGGUAAACGCAAUGAAAGUGGCGCUAAGUGACAGCACCUUUAAUAUCACCGUGGUUGGCUUCAGACCAGGAAGUGUCAUUGCCUACUUUAUAUGGACAACACAAUCGUCAACUCUCGAUACCAACACAGUCCAAGCGACUCUCAUUAACGCAGUGUCGCUCCUGAUAUCCAGUAACAUUACAAGCAUGAUGACAGAUAUUGCCACCUCAGGAAGCAGUACAGACCCCUACUACGGCUGGAGAACUGCUGUCAUUGUCAUCGGGGUGUUUCUGGGAGUUGCUCUGCUAUUGGUUGCGGUGAUUGCACUAAUAUGUUACAACACUGGGGGGAGACUUGGACGUUACAAACCCAGUGUUAGCAGUGAUGAGAUGGCCAGAAGCCUCUCCUAUCGCUAAUUAUCCCUAUUGCUCUUUGUACCUCUGCCUAUUGUAUUUAUUCUGUAUCACUAAUUUGCCAGUCUCAUAUAAUAUGACGUAUAAUUAUAUUUAAUGUGCUGAAGGCAAUAAUCUAAGCUACAUGGAUAGGACCCAACAUUAGAAUAAGAGCGGGCACCUAGUAGGGUUGCCACCUGGCCAGUAUUUUACCGACCAGGUUGGUAAAAAUGAUGGUUGAUCCCAAUGUUAUUAAUAGGGAAAAAAGAUAAAUAUAUAGGAAGGCCGGAAUUUUUUUUCCAGAAAAGAUGGCAACCCUAGCCCCGAGUAAUGUUCCACAUGUCUAGAAAGAUCAGUUUGUCGGUAUAGGAUCUGCCCUUUAUUUUUGCUUUCUCACCGAUAUCCGCUCACUGCAUCGCAGACUUGCUUGUAUAAAGCUAAAGCAUGUCUGUACAACAGCCAACUUGUUGUGUGAUCGAUAGGAAAGUAUUACUAAUCUGUAAUUGCUGGGUUUGGUUCAGCUCAGACUUUACCUGCCAAUAUCUCCCAUGACUUUAUAUUUGGGGGCGAAUUUUACUCCAGAUUGGGGAUGUCAGACUUAUAUCUGAACUACAUUUCCCAUGGUCCCCAGCAAGCAAAAACUGCUGGAAGCUGUCGUUUAAUUACAGCUGAAGGGCCACAGACUGAACAUUCCUAAUGUGAAAAUUGCCUCGUUCCUUGAGUUAAAUUAAUGUAACUCACGUAAUCUUGCUCAGCCUGCUUAUUAUACAUAAUCCCGAAUUAAUAAUUCUAUUUAUAACACAUUAAAAUAGUAUGAACUACGU